AUGCUCACUCAAAUUGCCUUAAAACGGGUUGAGAGUAGAAUUGACAACUACACCAUGCCAUGGCAGAGUGCUUACAAGAGAGGUAGGAGCUGCUCUGACAUUGUGUGGGCUCAGAGAAUGCUAAUAUCUGUUGUGAUGAGGAAGAAAUGGACAUUUAGCAAAAUGGGUAUUGAUAUGAGUAGAGCUUUUGAUACCGUGAAAAGGGACACUAUCAUCAAUGUUUUGAAGGAUGCUGGUUGUUCGGAGGACGACAUUCGCUUAGUUCAAUACCUUCUAUCGAAUACUCUCCUUAGAGUUCGUGUUAACUCCUCACUGUCGGAAGAGUUUGAAAGUUUACUCGGAGCCUUUCAAGGUGACAGUUUAUCUGGAAAGCUAUUCACACUUAUUCUUGCAGCAGCCUUACACCACCUCAGAGCUGUAUCUGGGAGACCAAACCCACCAGUAUCAGAACUAGGUUUUCCAACUGAGUGGGAAUAUUCAGACGAUUGUGACUUUGCUGACGAGGACAUCGAGAAACUGAGAAUUUUCCUUCCUACAGUGAAGGAGAUUCUCAAAGACUGGAACCUCCAAGUAAAUAGAGGAUGCUUCUUCCACCACAAGCAAGCACUUUGGAGGAAGAUGCAGCAACAUGACCUAGUCCCGGAAUACAACGCAGAGAACUCAGCAGUACGGAAGUACUUUAAGAUGAUCGGUGCUAUUGCCUUCGUGGACCUAAUCUUCGUGGACCUAAUCUUCGUGGAUUGUAAUCUUUGA